AUGGAGAAGUCAAGUAGUAUUCUGAGUGAUGAAAAAGUUGUUGAUGACAAGUUCGAUAACGCGUUUGCGUUUGUCCACAACCACGAAGAAGUCGAGAUAGAUCAUGCCAAGUUGAUGAGAAAACUAGACUACAUCAUCCUCCCCUUGCUAUGCUGCGUUUAUCUCCUCCAGUACAUGGACAAAUUGCUUUUGAAUUAUGCUGCAGCGAUGGGGAUCAAAAAAAACCUCCACAAUAACGAGUUUGCCAAUUUGUCAACCAUAUUCUAUGCUGCAUACAUCUUUGGAGAGCCUUUUGUCUCAUACUGUAUGCAAAAGUUCCCCUUGGGCAAGACGUUGGGCGUGUUUAUCACGAUAUGGGGCAUUGUAGUGGCAUGCCACGCGGCUGCCACGUCGUAUGCCUCGCUCAUGAUUGUUCGAACCUUGUUGGGGAUCUUUGAAGCCUCUAGUGCCGUGGGCUUGAUCAUCAUCAGCGGGAUGUUUUACACAAAGAGACAGCAGGUUGCAAGAAUGGGCAUCUGGUCUCUGAUGUCAGGGGUGGGCACUAUACUAGGAGGCGUGCUUUCCUUUGCUUUCCAGCAUAUCAAAACCUCCCGGUUCCAGUCGUGGCAGAUUUUGUUUUUGGUGAUGGGGGUGAUUACCGUUGUGUUUGGCAUCGCCAUCAUUUUCUUUUUACCGGAUAACGUAUACACGUGCAAAUUCUUGACGGAGCUGGAGAAGGUUUAUAUAUUGAACCACGUUGUCAAGGCUAACCAAACGGGAACAAAGACUUCCAAGUUCAAGAAGGAGCAAAUUGUGGAGUUGUUGUUCAAGGACAAGUUUACGUGGCUCUAUUUCCUAUUGACAAUCUGCGCUCAAAUCGUCACGGGAGCUAUAGGGACAUUCAGCGUGACAAUAACACUCUCCUUUGGCUUUGACAAUUACCAGUCGGCAUUGUUGCAGUUACCCGUUGGUGCUCUUACAAUCAUCAUCAUCGUGAUUACCACUCAGCUCGUGGCCAAUUUCGGUCACCACACCCUCAUCACCGCGUCCAUGUUUAUCCCCUCGAUAAUUGGAGCAAUCGUGUUGACCAUCUCCCCCAACAAGAUCGGCAACUUGUUGUCAUUGUAUUUGUUAUACAGUGGGUCCUGCAGCAUAACCCUAAUCUACGCGUGGAUCGGAGCAAACACAGCAGGCUCGUCAAAGAAAUUCAUUCGCAGUGCCAUGAUUAUGAUUGCAUUCUCAAUAGCUUGCAUUAUCGGGCCCCAGUUAUUUCAAGCUUACAGUGCCCCCCAUUUUAGGCCGGCAAAGAUUGUCAUUCUUGUCACACAGUGUUUGUCCGUGCCCUUGACGUUAUUGAUUGGAUGGAUGUGCAAAAAGGAAAAUGAAAAGAGGGAAGAAGGAACAAACAGCGAGUUUCUUGACCUCACCGAUAUGCAGAAUAGGCAGUUCAAGUAUAUAUACUGA